GAGUGAUGUGUGUAGUGUAUGUUUGGGCAACCAAAUAGCAAAUAGCAAUGUUGAGAAUUUGUCAGCUACGAGUGGGGGUGGCAACUCCAAAACCCUCUUUGUUCCUUCCCUCCUUCUUCUUCUUCUCCUCUUUCCCUUCUUCUUCUCACACUUCUUUUCCCAGAAGCACAACCUUCCGUUUUCAUCCCCCUUUGCUUUCGCUUCCUCUUCCCCCCUUUGCUUCCGUCAUGCCUCUCAAAGCAUCGGCUUCUUAUAGCACUGGGAGUAGUAGUGCUGAUGGUGGUAGGCCAAGGGAAAUAUUGGUGCAGCAUUUGUUGGUUAAAGAAGAUGACCAGAAGCUUCUAUUGGAUCUUCAGCAGAGAAUCUCUGCAGGUGAAGAUUUGAGUGAUCUUGCUGUGGAAUAUUCAAUGUGCCCAUCCAAAGAAGAAGGGGGAAUGCUUGGGUGGGUGAGAAAGGGGCAAAUGGUUCCUGAAUUUGAGGAAGCUGCAUUUAGUGCACCUUUAAACAAAGUUGUUAGGUGCAAAACGAAAUUUGGAUGGCACCUGCUGCAGGUUUUAUCAGAAAGGGAAGAAUCAAUUCUUCAAGACAUUCAACCUGAUGAGCUGCAUGUGAAAAUUCAAGAUCCUAACUUUUUGGAGGAGGCACAGUUAAUUGAUGUUCGAGAGCCUGAAGAAGUGGCCAAAGCAUCUUUGCCAGGAUUUACUGUUCUUCCCCUCCGACAAUUUGGAACCUGGGGACCUGAAAUAACUACCAAAUUUGAUCCUCAAAAGGAUACCUAUGUUAUGUGUCAUCAUGGUGUGCGGUCAUUACAGGUUUCCAAGUGGUUGCAGUCACAGGGUUUUAGGAAAGUAUACAAUCUUUCUGGGGGAAUCCAUGCCUAUGCUGUUCAGGUUGAUCCAUCAGUACCCACAUACUGAUUUACAUUAUUCUUCCUUCAAUGGGAGUCCUUUACUUUUUCCCUCCUUCCAUUCCAUGUAAGCAAUUUUCCAUCUUUGUACAUGCAAGCAAGAUUUUUUGAGAUGUCCAAGUUACUUAUAGGAAGUGGAAUUCUUUGAAUGAGCAAAUAUUACCAUAGGAAAUAAUAGUAAAUCUAGAGCUCUAUAACGUGCUUUCUGUGAUUCCAGACCAAUAAACAUUGGUAUAAACAUGUAUUUAUUUUGAAUCAAGAGUUGGAGGCUUUUUUAUUUCAAUAUUAAGGUUCAUAUCAAGUGCUAAAUUUAUGUGGAGAUGGCCUAGGCUGCGAGGUUGUUUACGUUUU